CGGGAAGCUCACCACCAACAGGCACAGUACAAGUUCUAAUUCGAUAAGAGAAGUUUAACUGCCUUACUUGCGGCAACACCACUCCCUAACAAGAACAGGUGAGUUUGAUUUUUGGUGCUAAAACAUGAAAUAUUUAAUCGCACUUGCCCUGCUGAUCGUGGCCGUGGCCGCCCAGAACAAGUACACCACCAAGUACGACGGCAUCGAUCUGGAUGAGAUCCUCAAGUCCGAUCGGCUGUUCAACAACUACUACAAGUGCCUGCUGGAGCAACCCGGUGGCCGUUGCACCCCGGACGCCAACGAGCUGAAGCGAAUCCUGCCGGAAGCCCUGCAGACCAACUGUGCCAAGUGUAGCAAGAAGCAGAAGGACGGUGCCGUCAAGGUCAUCAACUACCUGAUCGACAACCGGUCUGCGCAGUGGCAGGUUCUGCAGAAGAAGUACGACCCGGAGAACAUCUACAUCACCCAGUACCGCACCGAGGCCCGUGCCGCCGGAGUCAAGGUCUAAGGCGACCCGAGAGUGACUUUCGCCCAAAUUACCUCUUCGAUGGACACUCCAUCGGGCACAAUGAUCCAGUUUUUUUUUAUUGGUGAUAACUUACAUGUUGUUGCAGAGUUCAGUGAUUUGAGGAAGCUCCAUGAUUUCCUUUUUUAAUCUUGUUUUCUUUAAAGACUUUCCUAUGACGUGAUAAAUAAAUACAAAACGAAUAAGUUUUGUUUUUGAAACUUAA